AUGGCAAGCAAUUCUCCUAACUCUAGGAACCGCUCACCACCUGCCUUUCAGUUCCUGCAUGUUAAAAGGAAGAGCACCGAAGUCAAUUUCGCCUGUAUUCUGGCAGUCUCCAACACGGCCUCACUGCUGGAACAAGAAAUCCUAGAGGAAAUUGGUAAACUGAAGGACGUGGUACAGGAUCUGUAUGUGACAGAGGAAAACGGAACCCAGAUCCGCUACAGUCAGGUGUGCACUAAGAACCAGGGCCUCUGCGUGCCCUCCAACCCACUCCUGGCUGCCUGGCAGAUGAACAAGAACCUCGACCUGAGACACAUCACCUUCCCAAUCUUCAACCAAACAGGUCAGCCCAUCUACCUGGCCGGCACCAUUGGAGGAACCCUUUCAGGCAAGAGGACGGGAAGGAACCAGUUACUCGUGAAAGCCAAAGCCAUGUGGCUUCUGUACUACCUGAAGACUGAGGAUGGAGAGAUCAACGAGCUUAGCAAGAUGUGGUUGAUCCAUUUCCUGGACCAAUUUAGCAACAUCGAAACGAGUCUGGCCCUGAAGAAGAUCCAGGUGGUCUAUUUCACGUCACUUUCCAGACAACUAGAAUUUGAAGCAACUUCUAUGAACGUGAUCCCUUUGUUGCACUUGGCAUACGUGCUAAUCAUAUUAUUUGCAGUCGCAUCAUGCUACAGGAGUGACUGUGUAUGCAACAAAAUGUGAGCUGCAGCCUUUGGAGUGAUUUCUGCGGCCUUGGCAGUGGUGAGCGGUUUUGGCCUGAUGUUGGACAUUGGGGUGCCAUUUGUGAUCCUAGUUGCAAAUUCACCGUUUCUUAUUCUGGGUGUUGCGGUUGACGAUAUGUUCAUAAUGAUUUCUGCCUGGCAGAAGACUAGCCUCGUGGAUAACACAAAACAGCGGCUGUCCAGUGUCUAUUCCAAAGUGGCGGUGUCGAUUACAAUCACCACCAUCACCAACGUCCUAGCCUUCUAUACAGGGAUUAUGACCUCUUUCAGGUCCAUACAAUACUUUUGCAUCUAUACGGGAACAACCCUGCUCUUUUGUUAUUUCGAUAACAUCACCUGUUUCGGAGCAUUUAUGGCUCUGGAUGGUAACAGAGAAGGAGUCUGUCUACGCUGGUUGAAAAAGCCAGAAACUCCUGACCAAAAAUGUUCCUCACUGAAAAGGUCCUGCUGUCUCCCAUGUGAUUCUCUCCCGGAUGAACAAGAAACUGAUAUCCAUCCGAUGAAUUUGUUCUUUCGAGACUGUUUUGGCCCUUUUCUCACAAGCACUGAGUCCAGAGUUUUUGUAGUGCUUAUAUACAUUUUGUACAUCAUGAGCAGUAUCUAUGGGUGUUUCCAAGUGCAGGAAGGUUUAGACCUUCGAAAUUUGGCAAGUGACGAUUCCUACAUCACACCAUGUUUUAAUGUAGAAGGAUAUUUUUUGGAUUAUGGUCCCAGGGUUAUGGUUGUUGUUACUGAACCUCUUGACUACUGGGAUAAAGAUGCUAGGCAAAAACUGGAACUACGUCUGGCAGAUUUGGAAAACAGUGACUAUGUAGAUAAAAAUCUCACAGAGUUUUGGUUACGAGAGUAUGUGCAGUAUAUGGAAAACAGCAAGCAAGAUGUAAAUGAUAAGGAUUUUAUGAACGGCUUGCCCAAUUUUUUAACACGUUUUCCACUUUUUGUGUCUGAUACUAAUAUUUCAUCGUCACAUGAAAUCAUUUCUUCCCGGGGCUUCGUUCAGACCGUGGGUGUUUCUUCUUCAGCCGAUGAGAAGAAGGUGUUAUCCCAGUUACGCAGCAGAGCUGAAAAGUGCAAAAUCCCCCUAAUGGUGUAUAACCAGGCAUUUGUAUAUUUUGAUCAGUAUACCCCCGUAUUGGAAAACACUGUUCGAAAUGUCAUUGUUGCAUCAACCGCUAUGUUCGUUGUUUCCUUAUUGUUAAUUCCUCAUCCACUGUGUUCCUUGUGGGUAACUUAUGCUACUGCAUCUGCGAUUGUGGGAGUAACGGGUCUCCUGGCAUUCUGGAAUGUCAGUCUCGAUUCCAUAUCCAUGGUUAAUCUUGUCAUUUGCAUAGGGUUUUCUUUCGAUUUUUCUGCACACAUUUCUUAGGCAUUUGUUUCCAGCUCUAAGCUGUCAGUAAACCAAAAAGCAAUUGAGGCAGUGUAUGGGCUAGGCUACCCACUGUUACAAAGUGCACUUUCAACAGUAAUAGGGGUGUGUGUUUUAUCUGCAGCUAAAGCAUACAUCUUCAGGACAUUUUUUAAGAUGAUGUUUCUUGUUAUGGUAUUUGGGGCUGCUCAUGGCCUAAUUUUUAUUCCAGUAUUCUUAACCUUUUUUUUGAAGGUCUGUUUGAAUAUCCACUAAAAAAUCAAAGACUAAUUAUAAAAUUCCUGAUUGUCGCACUCCAAUCUGAUAACAGGGCACUAUUAGAAAUAGUCAAUAAACUAAAAACAAAGGCAUGUUUCCUUGGCUUGGAAAUCCCAUUUAAAUUGUUAUUGAAAAUAUCCUGGAAAAAUCAAUUAGGCUUACAUUAAAAUAUCUUUACUAUAGGAAGUGUUGUCAUCUUUAUUACGGUCUAUACAAUCAUUCAUAAGGUAUGACUUUCCAAUUAUUUUUUCCUUUUGUUUCAUUGUUAGAAGUUUCUGCCUGAAAUUCAAAUAUUUUAUGCAUUGUAAUAUAAAUGGAAUAUUAUUUUCAUUGUACUUCCUAGAUCAUUAAUAUGUAAAAGUAUAACUUAUUAUUUAUUCUUCCAGUCUGGGGGCUUCGUAUGCAUUUUAUUAACGGUGUAUCUUGAUAAAAUGAAAUUUUUAAAGUUUUGAAAUCCAAUUUAUCAUUUAUCAUAAAAAAAUGGUCAGUGUUUUCUGUGUCCUCUCUAAGAAGUCUUUGCCUAUUCCAAGAUUACAAAAAAAUCCAUCUAUGAUUUCUUCUCAGAGCUCAUAAUUCUAAUUUUACAUUCAGGUCUAUGAUCCAUAGAUCUGUAUUUUUUGAGACGUGUGGAUAGAAGUUCAUUAUCUUCCCAUAAUAGUUACCCAUUCAGUUUUCCAGCAUCAUUAGUAAAAAGACUACAUUUUCAGCAUAGGAUUAAUUUGGCACCUCUGUCAAAGAAUCAGCUGACAGUUUAUGUGUGGCUCUAUUUCUGGGCAUUGAUCUGUUUGUCUAUCCUAAAGCCAAUACCACAGUGCCUUGAUUAUUGAACCUUUAUAUUAAAUCUUGAAAUUAGGUUGUA